AUGCCUAUGAAGCAAAUUCAGAGCCACUUUCGGGGGCUUAUGUCGAAAUCAAAUUGUCGAGCACCGUGGAGAGUCCUACAAGGACUCUGGAAGUCCUUCCAGAAAUCGAGCGAUCCUCCUCCUACCUCUCAACCGGACAUCAAACAAGUUAACAACCGUGUAUCGCCCGACUCGCAGGCCAUCAAUUAUAACGGCAUCUCUGCCCUCGUCGAAGGUGGCUAUAUGCACGUACCCCCACAAAGGCUCGUUGUCGUCAACCCUGACCCGGAGUCCGAACCGGCGGAUAGUAUCCGCUCGCUACGCCCGUUCCUCUCAUCUACAAUGCGAUCGAGCUCUUAUGCCCACUCCCUGGCCUCCACGCGAAGCACUCGUCCAGAGAGUCGCUUGUCAAGCGUGGAUACCAGAGCCACGAGUAUAUUAUCCGAGUCACAAGAGAGCACUUUGUCGUUCGACUUGAACAACGAGGAGGUCGAUCUAUUCUACCAUAUCAUCUUCAACGGCCUGAGGGUCCAGAUCAGCCGCAACCGAGUGCCCCAGGCGCUAAGCUACCUCUGUUCCUUCGACUUGUCGUCGCGGUUCAUAGUACGAGUAGUUGUCCUGGCCAACGCUGCGACCGGCCCGCCACCGCCGCACGAGCUACUCCGCAAUGGCCCCAUCCUCACCCCUCCUCCAAGCGUUGACAAACAACAACUACACGACCACCACCACCCAGCCCCCGGCCUUGACCUUGACCUUGACCUUGGCGUUGGCGUUGGCCUUUCCCCGUCCCCCACCAUCGCCUCGUCCUCCGUCCUCCUCGCAGAACGCAAAGGCCCAUCCGACCGAGACCGAAACCGUUGUUCCCCGGUGCACGCGCAACCCCCACGGCUCACGAUCACGAUCCCGAUCGCUUUCCCCCCUACCCGCCCAAGCCGUUUGCGGUAUCGGUAA